ACAGAGCGAGGCUCCUGGCGCACUAGGGACUCCAGGAGGCUGCUCCGCCAGAGACACGGGUCGUGCUUCGGGAAACCGGGGGGCGGGGGGAGGGGAAGAGCGCAGAAAAGAAAACCCACCGAGGCGGGGACUGGCCUGGGCGGGGAGGGGCGGCGAGGCCGGAGCCCCUCUCUGUUGGGCGGACUCCCCAUGGCCAGAAGCUGAGCUCCACUCCGGCCAGCCGCUCCCUAGGGGAAGGGGAAGGAGAGGGGAGAGCAGCGAGAGGCCUCCAGCGAGCGAGCGCGGGCGGCAUCCGCAAUCUCCAGAAGUUUGAGACUCGGCCGCAAGCAGACUCGUGCGCCCCAACUCUGCCGCGCCAGCGCCUGGAGCGGAGAGCAGAGGCGGCCCGGCCGCGGCGCGCCGGCUUUGUCAUGAUGGCCAGCUACCCUGAGCCCGAGGACGCCGCGGGGGCCCUGCUGGCCCCGGAGACCGGCCGCGCAGUCAAGGAGUCAGAAGCGCCGCCACCGAGCCCAGGCAAGGGCGGCGGGGGUGGCGGCGGGACAGCCCCAGAGAAGCCAGACCCGGCGCAGAAGCCCCCGUACUCGUACGUGGCGCUCAUCGCCAUGGCUAUCCGCGAGAGUGCCGAGAAGAGGCUCACGCUGUCGGGCAUCUACCAGUACAUCAUCGCCAAGUUCCCGUUCUACGAGAAGAACAAGAAGGGCUGGCAAAAUAGCAUCCGCCACAACCUCAGCCUCAACGAGUGCUUCAUCAAGGUGCCGCGCGAGGGCGGCGGCGAGCGCAAGGGCAACUACUGGACGCUGGACCCGGCCUGCGAAGACAUGUUCGAGAAGGGCAACUACCGCCGCCGCCGCCGCAUGAAGCGGCCCUUCCGGCCGCCGCCCGCGCACUUCCAGCCCGGCAAAGGGCUCUUCGGGGCCGGAGGCGCCGCGGGAGGCUGCGGCGUGGCGGGCGCCGGUGCCGACGGCUACGGCUACCUGGCGCCCCCCAAGUACCUGCAAUCCGGCUUCCUCAACAACUCGUGGCCGCUGCCGCAGCCUCCCUCACCCAUGCCCUAUGCCUCCUGCCAGAUGGCGGCGGCCGCAGCGGCUGCGGCGGCGGCGGCUGCAGCCGCCGGCCCUGGUAGCCCUGGCGCGGCCGCUGUGGUCAAGGGGCUGGCUGGCCCGGCCGCCUCGUACGGGCCGUACGCACGCGUGCAGAGCAUGGCGCUGCCCCACGGCGUAGUGAACUCGUACAACGGCCUGGGAGGCCCGCCGGCCGCGCCCCCGCCCCCGCCGCACCCCCACCCGCAUCCUCACGCACACCAUCUGCACGCGGCCGCCGCACCGCCGCCGGCCCCACCGCACCACGGGGCCGCCGCGCCGCCCCCGGGCCAGCUCAGCCCCGCCAGCCCAGCCACCGCCGCGCCCCCGGCGCCCGCGCCCAGCAGUGCGCCCGGCCUGCAGUUCGCUUGCGCCCGGCAGCCCGAGCUCGCCAUGAUGCAUUGCUCUUACUGGGACCACGACAGCAAGACCGGCGCCCUGCAUUCGCGCCUAGAUCUCUGAGAGGCCACCGCAUGCCAGUUCGGACGGAUGCGAGGAGGCAGGAACGCGCGGCGCCGGCCCUAGUCGCAGCCGCCUCCGCCAGCCGGACCUCGCACCCUCUGGGACCGCCUCUGGAGCCAGCGCCCAGGGUCCCUCUCUGCUUUUUCGCUCUCCUCAGCUCCUCUCGCCCCUCUUUGUCCCUCUGCUUGUCCUUCUGUGCUCACCUCCGUGACCUCUAUGCCCUUGCAGUCCCCCGGCCUGAAGCCGCCUCUCUGCGCGCUUUUGCGGGCUCUUCUGUUUCCGGAGUCCCAGCGUCUCCUGCCCAAAUUGACCGCGGAAAGCGCCCGGGGCCGAGGUGCGAUUCGGCGUCGGCGGCGCAGACCUCUUGGCCUUCUCUCACAGGUCGGUGCGCUAGCGCUCGGCGUUCCCCGCCCGACUGCCGUGCAGUCUUUGGCUACACGCGCCGGACUGGAUUGGCGGCGGGACCCGCGCCGCGGGAGAAAAGGACGGACCAAUUUGUGUGUUUGCUCCGUGAACCCUCUUGAAGGUGUUCAGAAGCUGCUUGCCGCGGGGCCCACUAGGCGUUGCAGGGGUUGGGAACCAGCGGGAGCCGGGGCAGCCCGGCUCUGAGGCCUGUGCUUGGUUUACACCACGGGCCCGCGCAGAGGGAGGCUGCCUUAACCUCCGUUGUCCGUCCGGGCGCUUCGGGCACCUCCGGGCCCCGGCGGCUGGCUAACGUUUUGUUUAAAAGAUCGGUGGGGCUUUUUAAGAGAGUAUCCAAAAGAAAAAAAUUUUUUAAGGAAAAAAACAUUCACCGGGCAACCGGGGAAGUAUUGUGGCCUUGGAGUUUGCUAAAUCCAAACAUGAAAAUCAAAAGCUUUAGUAUUCUUCAUCUUCUCUUCUGGAAGAUUUGUGUUAGAGUUCCUGUCGGGCCUUCAAAAAGCUGUGUUCAGAGGUAGGAGAAUAUAUCCAAUAAAAGACGGUUUCGUCUACCAGUUGGGGGAAGUUUCACCCGCUCCCUAUCUGAAGAAAAAAAAGUCAGAAACAAAUGUCCCCGGAUCUUCCGAUGCAAGUCCUGGAUCCCGGGAGAUGACUGCCUGCCUGGCCCUCGCUGCAGGGACGGCUCGUCCUUCCUGCUUUUUGUUUUUCAAAUGUCCUGCUUCUCCCACCUUGGGAAGGAGAAAUGUGAAACCCGACAGCGACCGACCUAGGCGGUCUUGUGGCCCCGAGCCGGCCCGGCCCGGCCCGGCCCGAAAACCAUAGCCCUGGUUGUCCUGUAGUUUGUCAUUUGGGGGACCAAAUUUUCUAGAGAAAACUAGAGCACUUUUGUUGUGUUUUUGUUUUGUUCGUGUUUUUGUUUUUGUUUUUUGCCUUGUCGAUUUCCGAAUAAAUUUUUUGUUCUUCCUUUUAA